CCGCGCGCUAGACGUCCGGGCAGCCCCGGCGCGGCGCGGGCGCAGCAGCCUCCGCCCCCCGCUCGGUGCGCACACCCUGGCCAGGGCGGACCGCGUCCCCGGCGAGUCCCGAGCAGCCCGCGGCCGCCGCCUCCCCGCCGGACCACAGGCCACCCCCGGAGCCCUCGCCUCGCCGCCGCCGCCGCGGGAGCGCACGGCCGCCGCUUUCCUCCCGGACUCGCUGCGGGCUCCCGGCGGCGAUGCGACCCUCCCGGACGGCGGGAGCCGCGCUCCUGGUGCUCCUGGCGGCGCAGUUCCCGGUGCGCCCGGCGCUGGAGGAAAAGAAAGUUUGCCAGGGCACCAACAACAAGCUCACCCAGCUGGGCACGUUCGACGACCACUUCCGGAACCUCCAGCGGAUGCUCAACAACUGCGAGGUGGUCCUUGGGAACUUGGAGAUUACCUACAUGCAGAGGGACUACGACCUGUCCUUCCUAAAGACCAUCCAGGAGGUGGCCGGCUACGUCCUCAUUGCCCUCAACGUGGUGGAGAAGAUCCCCCUGGAGAACCUGCAGAUCAUCCGGGGGAACAUGCUCUUCGAGAACACCCACGCCUUGUCCGUCCUGUCCAACUACGGCGCCAACAAGACCGGCCUGCGGGAGCUGCCCAUGCGGAACCUACAGGAAAUCCUGCAGGGCGCCGUGCGCUUCAACAACAACCCCACCCUCUGCAGCGUGGACACCAUCCAGUGGCACGACAUCGUGGACGGCAGCUUCGUGAGCAACAUGUCGCUGGACUUUCAGAGCCACCCGCCCGGCAGCUGCCAGAAGUGCGACCCGAGCUGCCCCAGCGGAAGCUGCUGGGCUGCGGGCAAGGAGAACUGCCAACAACUGACCAAGACCAUCUGCGCCCAGCAGUGCUCCGGCCGCUGCCGGGGCAAGUCCCCGAGUGACUGCUGCCACAACCAGUGUGCCGCCGGCUGCACGGGGCCCCGCGAGAGCGACUGCCUGGUCUGCCGCCGGUUCCGGGACGGCGCCACCUGCAAGGACACCUGCCCGCCGCUCAUGCUGUACAACCCCACCACCUACCAGAUGGACGUCAACCCCGACGGCAAAUACAGCUUCGGCGCCACCUGUGUGAAGAAGUGUCCCCGGAACUACGUGGUGACCGACCACGGCUCCUGCGUGAGGGCCUGCAGCUCCGACAGCCACGAGGUGGAGGAAGACGGCGUCCGCAAGUGCAAGAAGUGCGAAGGGCCCUGUCGCAAAGUGUGUAACGGGAUAGGGAUCGGGGAGUUUAGAGACACCCUGUCCAUCAACGCCACCAACAUCAGGCACUUCCGCAACUGCACCACCAUCAGCGGGGACCUGCACAUCCUGCCCGUGGCCUUCAAGGGGGACACCUUCACCCACACGCCGCCCCUGGACCCGAGGGAGCUGGACAACCUGAAAACCGUGAAGGAGAUCACAGGGUUCCUGCUGAUCCAGGCCUGGCCGGAGAACAGGACGGACCUGCACGCCUUCCGGAACCUGGAGAUCAUCCGGGGCAGGACCAAGCAGCACGGCCGCUUCUCUCUCGCCGUCGUCGGGCUGGACAUCACGUCCCUGGGGCUGCGCUCCCUCAAGGAGAUCAGUGACGGGGACGUGAUCAUCUCGGCGAACCGCAACCUGUGCUACGCAGACACCAUCAACUGGAGAAAGCUCUUCGGGACCACGAGUCAGAAAGCCAAGAUCCAAGGCAACAAGGACAGCAGAGACUGCAAGGCCCAAGGCCAAGUCUGCAACCGGCUGUGCGCGACACCCGAGGGCUGCUGGGGCCCCGCGCCGGGGGACUGCGUGGCCUGCCAGAACGUCAGCCGCGAGCAGGAGUGCAUGGAGCGGUGCAACCUGCUGGAGGGCGAGCCCAGGGAGUUCGUGGAGAACGGCGAGUGCAUCCAGUGCCACCCGGAGUGCCUGCCCCAGACCAUGAACGUGACCUGCACAGGACGCGGCCCCGACAGCUGCGUGCAGUGCGCCCACUACAUCGAUGGCCCUCACUGCGUCAAGACCUGCCCGGCCGGGGUCAUGGGCGAGAACAACACGCUGGUCUGGAAGUUCGCGGACGCCAGUCACGUCUGCCACCUGUGCCACCCCAACUGCCCCUACGGCUGCACAGGGCCAGGUCUUAAAGGCUGCACGACCGAGCCCAGGAUCUCGUCCAUCGCCAUGGGGAUCGUGGGCGGCCUCUUCCUGCUGCUGAUGGUGGCGCUGGUGGUGGGCCUGUGUCUGCGGCGGCGCCACAUCGUCCGCAAGCGCACGCUGCGCCGGCUGCUGCAGGAGAGGGAGCUCGUGGAGCCCCUGACCCCCAGCGGGGAGGCACCCAACCAGGCCCUCCUGAGGAUCCUAAAGGAGACCGAGUUCAAAAAGAUCAAGGUGCUGGGCUCCGGCGCGUUCGGCACCGUGUACAAGGGGCUCUGGAUCCCGGAGGGCGAGAAGGUUAAAAUCCCCGUGGCCAUCAAGGAAUUGCGGGAAGCCACGUCUCCGAAGGCCAACAAGGAAAUCCUCGACGAAGCCUACGUGAUGGCCAGCGUGGACAACCCCCACGUGUGCCGCCUGCUGGGCAUCUGCCUGACCUCCACGGUCCAGCUCAUCACGCAGCUCAUGCCCUUCGGCUGCCUCCUGGACUACGUGCGCGAGCACAAGGACAACAUCGGCUCCCAGUACCUGCUCAACUGGUGUGUGCAGAUCGCCAAGGGCAUGAACUACCUGGAGGAGCGGCGCCUGGUGCACCGGGACCUGGCCGCCAGGAACGUGCUGGUGAAGACGCCGCAGCACGUCAAGAUCACGGACUUCGGGCUGGCCAAGCUGCUGGGCGCCGAGGAGAAGGAGUACCACGCGGAGGGCGGCAAGGUGCCCAUCAAGUGGAUGGCCCUGGAAUCGAUCUUACACCGAAUCUACACCCACCAGAGCGACGUCUGGAGCUACGGCGUCACCGUGUGGGAGCUGAUGACGUUCGGGUCCAAGCCCUACGACGGGAUCCCGGCCAGUGAGAUCUCCACUGUCCUGGAGAAAGGGGAGCGCCUCCCGCAGCCGCCCAUCUGCACCAUCGACGUCUACAUGAUCAUGGUCAAGUGCUGGAUGAUAGAUGCGGACAGUCGCCCCAAGUUCCGCGAGUUGAUCAGUGAAUUCUCCAAAAUGGCCCGAGACCCCCAGCGCUACCUCGUCAUCCAGGGCGACGAGAGGAUGAACUUGCCCAGCCCCACGGACUCCAACUUCUACCGCGCGCUGAUGGACGAAGAGGACAUGGAGGACGUGGUGGACGCAGACGAGUACCUGAUCCCCCAGCAGGGCUUUUUCCACAGCCCCGCCACCUCCCGCACGCCCCUGCUCACCUCCCUGAGUGCCACCAGCAACAACUCCGCCGUGACUUGCAUUGAUAGAAACGGGAGCUGCCCCCACAAGGAAGACAGCUUCCUGCAGCGGUACAGCUCGGACCCCACCGGCGCCCUGACCGAGGACAGCCUCAGCGACGCCUUCCUGCCCGCGCCAGAGUACAUAAACCAGUCGGUCCCCAAGAGGCCGGCAGGCUCGGUCCAGAACCCCGUCUACCACAACCAGCCCCUGACCCCAGCUCCCGGCCGGGACCCGCACUACCAGAACCCCCCCAGCAGCGCCGUGGGCAACCCCGAGUAUCUCAACACCACCCACCCCUCCGGCGUCCACGGGGCCCGCUGGGCGCCGAACGGCAGCCACCAAAUCAGCCUGGACAACCCCGACUACCAGCAGGACUUCCUGCCCAAGGAGGCCCAGGUCAACGGCCUCUUCCCGGGGCCCACGGCCGAGAACGCAGACUACCUGCGGGUGGGCCUGCCGAGCAGCGAGUCCAUCGGCGCGUGACCGAGGAGGCGGCCACGGCCGCCAGGCCAGCCUGCAGCCCCCGGGACCGGCCACGCAGCUCCCGGGCCUGCCAGCCACCCGCCGUGCCCCACCACUCCUGCCCCCGCCCCGGACUGGUCUGGCCGGAUCCAAGGAUCUUCUUAGAUCGUCUGACCGGCCCCCUUUCGACCAGGCGGCGCCCCUGCUCGGAUGUGCGCUGGCACGUUGCACUCUGAGGCUCCUCAGAAGGCACCGGGAAGAGUGCCGCCCGGGGCAGACGCGCACCCGGCAAUGAGGGACCUUCGGAAAGA